AUGGGCUUCAGUGAGCUUCUCGACCAGAUGGGUGGUUUCGGGCGGUACCAGUGGCUCCACGUGACCCUCAUCAGUUUCCCGGGCCUCCUGAUGGCGAGUCAGAACCUCCUCAACAACUUUGUCUCCGGAACCCCCGGCCACCGCUGCAGCAUCUCGGCCAACGACAGCUUUUGGAAUCUCACGCGGCAGGCGGACGGCCGGGACGCGCUCGAGGCUUUCAUUCCGCCCGACCCUUCGGGAACGAGACUGGACCGCUGCCGGAGGUACGUGACGCCUCAGUGGCAGAUGCUAAACGCUAACGGCUCCGCCAACGGCAGCCACCCCCCGCGCACCGAAAGCUGCGCGGACGGAUGGACUUACGACCGCUCCGAGUUCAUCGCCACCACUGUUUCCGAGUGGGACCUGGUGUGUUCCCUGCGUCCACUCAAGCAGAUGAUCCAGACGGUGUACAUGGGCGGCGUUUUAGCCGGCGCCGUCAUCUACGGCGGCCUGUCUGACAGGUUCGGUCGGCGCUCCGUCCUUAUUUGGUCCUACCUGCAGCUGGGCGUCCUGGGCACCUGCUGCGCCUUCUCGCAAUCUUACUGGGUCUACUGCGCCUUCCGCUUCCUGAGCGGCAUGGCAGUGUCGGGCAUCAUACUCAACUCCGUGUCCCUGAAGGUGGAGUGGAUCCCCACCAAAAGCAGGACUCUUGUGGGAACGCUCACCUCCUUCUACUUCACCUUCGGUCAGAUGGUCUUGGCGGGCUUGGCUUACUGGCUUCGGGACUGGAGAAAGCUGCACGUGGCCGUGUGCGCUCCCCACGUCCUCUUCUUUGCCUACAGUUGGUGGUUCGCCGAGUCGGCGCGCUGGCUGGUCCUCAGGCAGAGAUCCGGGGAGGCCCUUAAGACCCUCCGCAGAGUGGCUCGCAUCAACGGAAAAGCCGACAUUUCCGAAGGGCUGACGCCGGAGGUGCUUCGCUCCCACAUGACCAAGGAGUUGGAGACGGACCGCGAGACGCUGACCGCCUACGACCUGCUGAGGACGCCCGGCAUGAGACGCAUCUCUGUCGGGCUCAUCGCCGUCUGGUUCUCCACCAGCUUCGCCUACUACGGCUUAGCGAUGGACCUGCAGAAGUUCGGGGUGAGCAUUUACGUGAUGCAGCUCAUCUUUGGAGCCGUGGAUAUUCCCGCCAAACUCGUGGCUCUGGGCAUGCUGAGUUUUCUCGGGAGAAGGGUGUCUCAGGCCGCCUGCCUCUUCAUGUCCGCUCUGGUCAUCUUCGCCAACAUCUUCGUCCCGACGGACAAGCAAGUCGUCAGGACCACUUUGGCGUGUCUGGGUAAGGCCUUCACAUCGGCGUCCUUCACCACCGUCUACUUGUACACCGGGGAACUCUACCCGACCGUCAUCAGGCAAACGGGAAUGGGUCUGGUGUCCACCAUGGCCAGAGUGGGCAGCAUGGCGGCGCCCGCCGUCCUCAUCUUGGAUGAGGUCUUCCCCGCUCUGCCCAGCGUGGUGUACGGGGGGGCGGCCGUCCUGGCUUCGGGCUUCGCCUGCUUCCUGCCCGAGACGCUCAACGUUCCUUUGCCGGACACCGUGCGGGACGUGGAAGACAGAUGGUCCGGCAGGAAGCCCCCGGAGAAGAAGGAGGCCACGUCGGAAGACGAGCGAGCGGCGCUGUCUUUAAAACAAGUCAAGGACGCGGACGCCGGCAGCGGUCUCAACGCCCUCUGA